GCAGUUUCAUUUCUAUUGAAUUCAUUUCUUUGAGCCCUAUCUACUUCUCAACAAAUCCUCAAGAUGCAAAUCUUCGUGAAAACCCUCACCGGCAAGACAAUCACUCUCGAGGUAGAGAGUUCUGAUACUAUCGAUAACGUAAAGGCCAAGAUCCAGGACAAGGAAGGAAUUCCUCCGGACCAGCAACGUCUCAUCUUCGCCGGAAAGCAGCUUGAGGACGGCCGUACCCUUGCCGACUACAACAUCCAGAAGGAGUCAACUCUCCAUCUCGUCCUCCGUCUUCGUGGAGGCAUGCAGAUCUUCGUCAAGACCCUCACAGGCAAGACCAUCACUCUUGAGGUCGAAAGCUCCGACACCAUCGAUAACGUUAAAGCCAAGAUCCAAGACAAGGAAGGAAUUCCCCCGGACCAGCAGAGACUUAUCUUCGCCGGAAAGCAACUUGAGGACGGUCGUACCCUCGCCGACUACAAUAUCCAGAAGGAAUCUACCCUUCAUCUCGUCCUCCGUCUUCGUGGAGGUAUGCAGAUCUUUGUGAAGACCCUCACCGGUAAGACCAUCACUCUCGAAGUUGAAAGCUCUGACACCAUCGACAACGUGAAGGCUAAGAUCCAAGACAAGGAAGGAAUCCCACCAGACCAGCAGAGACUCAUCUUCGCCGGAAAGCAGCUUGAAGAUGGCCGCACCUUAGCUGACUACAACAUCCAGAAGGAGUCAACCCUUCACCUUGUGUUGCGUCUUCGUGGUGGUAUGCAAAUCUUCGUGAAGACCCUCACUGGUAAAACUAUUACCCUUGAGGUGGAGAGUUCUGACACAAUCGACAACGUUAAGGCCAAGAUCCAGGAUAAGGAAGGUAUUCCCCCAGAUCAGCAGAGGUUGAUCUUCGCCGGAAAGCAGCUGGAAGAUGGAAGGACCCUCGCUGAUUACAACAUCCAGAAGGAGUCUACCCUUCACCUUGUGUUGCGUCUUCGUGGUGGUAUGCAGAUUUUUGUGAAGACCUUGACUGGGAAGACAAUUACCCUUGAGGUGGAGAGCUCUGAUACCAUUGAUAAUGUGAAGGCAAAAAUUCAGGAUAAAGAAGGUAUCCCACCGGACCAGCAGAGGUUGAUCUUUGCAGGGAAGCAGUUGGAGGAUGGAAGGACCCUUGCUGAUUACAAUAUUCAGAAGGAGUCCACCCUUCACCUUGUGCUCCGUCUUCGUGGUGGUUUCUAAUCUGUGGCUGUGGGAUUAAUAUCUGUCUGAUGUUUCUUUUACUUGUUGUGGAAGUGAUAGGGCCUGUGUUGGCCCAGUAGAAUAAGUUUACGAUGUUAUGAAUUUUAUGGUUCUUUGUGAAUAAUGAAUUAAUCAGUACUUUUGCUUAUGUAAUUUGUGUAUUAUGUUUACUUUUUAUGACAUGAUUAUGUUGUCAAUUUUAUGGCCCCGCUGAUUUUGGAUGUUUGUUAACCUAUUAUUAUGAACAACUUUGGCACAAAUAUGUGAUUAUCAA